AUGAAAUUUAAAACUUUGAUUAUUUUAUCACUAACAUUUAUUCAAUAUUCAACAUGUCGUAAAAAUAAGAAUUCAAAACAGAAAAAUGAAGAACUUCAAAUAAUGGGUGAUUCUAUAACGAAUGAUUUGGAUUCCAUGUUUUUACAUAUGGAUAUUAGUAAUUUAAAUAUUCAAAGUGUUGAACAAAUCUUAGAAUUAUUAAAGCAAGAAGAAAUACUGAAUGAAAAUGGUUCUUUAGAAAGUAUGGAAUGGAAUGAAGAGAAAGCUAACGGAAUCAAAUUAUUACUUGGAAACAUUUUUACUGAAAAAGGGGGCAGAUUAAAAUCUAUCGAAGGGGCAGAAAGGUUUCCCGAACUUCAAACUGUCAUGCAAAAAUAUGCGUCACUACAAGAUUUUGGAGAUCCUUUUGGUACGGUAUACGGUACUGAAUUUACAACUCCAUAUGGAAAUCCAUGUUUGACCCCUGAAGAUUUACCGUGCAAUAGUGAAGAAGAGUUCCACAAAUCUGGUGAAACUGAAUUGGAUAAGAAAUCUGCUCCAAAAGUUAUUCAAACUAAAAAGAUUAAAACUGCUAAACAUAAACCUAAAGUCACAAAUAUUACUAAAACUUAUGGCCAAGCAGACAUCCUAGCUAGACCAAAAGUCGAAAAAGAAGAACCAGAAACAAAAAUUAUCACUGAAGAAAAAUUGAACUCUGCUAUUAAUCUCCAACCUACAGGUUUAUUUUUUAUUUUAAGCUUUAGCAUUAUAUUUUUAAUCCUUAAUAUCUAA